CCCACCUAUCUUUCCCUCACACAUUUAUAAGUUCUUUAACCUCACGGGCUCACUAAGUUUUCAGCUCCCUAGUCAUAUCAUAAUAUAUACUCCUCAUUAUUUAUAUACAAAAAAAAAGCAUCUUUAUUCUACAUGUAUAAACAAAUACUACUACGUGUUUGAAUAGGAGAUAAGACACAGGUUUCAUUCUUCCUCUUCUGCAGAGAACAGUAAAACAACUUUGAGUAAAAGAAUAAAAGAACCGUGAAAUCUCUUCCCUUUUCUUUUUAGUUGAACAAUAAGCCAAUGGGAAUCAAGAAAUGUAGGUGCAAUUUCUGGGUGUUGUUUAUUGUGGUUUUAUCCUCACUGGUAUGUUCCUCAGUGAGGGGUGAUGUUUCCUAUGAUGGAAGAACAUUUCUCAUUAAUGGGAAGAGGAGGAUUCUCAUCUCUGGUUCCAUUCACUACCCAAGAAGCACUCCUGAGAUGUGGCCUGAUCUUAUACAAAAGGCUAAAGAUGGAGGAUUGGAUGUUAUACAGACUUAUGUCUUUUGGAAUGGGCAUGAACCUUCUCCUGGAAAAUAUAAUUUUGAAGGGAGAUACGAUUUAGCCAAGUUCAUAAAACUGGUUCAUCAAGCAGGACUUUUUGUUCAUCUCCGAAUUGGACCCUACAUUUGUGCAGAAUGGAAUUUUGGAGGCUUUCCUGUUUGGCUUAAAUAUGUGCCCGGGAUAGAAUUUAGAACUGACAAUCAGCCUUUUAAGGUGGCUAUGCAAGGGUUUGUUGCGAAAAUUGUCGAGAUGUUGAAAUCAGAGAAGUUUUUUGCAUCACAAGGUGGACCAAUUAUUAUGAGUCAGAUUGAAAAUGAGUACGGGCCGGUGGAGUGGGAAACGGGUGCUCCGGGUAAGGCUUAUACAAAAUGGGCAGCCCAGAUGGCUGUAGAUCUUCAAACUGGUGUUCCAUGGAUCAUGUGUAAACAAGAAGAUGCUCCUGAUCCUAUAAUUGAUACAUGCAAUGGAUUCUACUGUGAGGGCUUCCAUCCCAACAAACCAUAUAAGCCCAAAAUGUUUACAGAACUCUGGACUGGAUGGUAUACAAAGUUUGGUGGUGCAGUUCAACGGAGACCUGUAGAAGACAUAGCAUUUUCAGUUGCAAGAUUCAUCCAGAAUAAUGGCUCGUUUGUUAAUUAUUAUAUGUACCACGGAGGGACAAAUUUUGGACGAGAAGCUGCGGGUCUUUUCGUCACUACUAGUUAUGACUAUGAUGCUCCUCUAGAUGAAUAUGGGCAACCAAAUGAGCCAAAAUACACGCACCUGAGAGAUUUGCAUAAAGUGAUCAAGCUUGCUGAACCAGCUUUAGUUUCGUCAUAUCCCACAGUGACCUGGCUUGGAAAAAAUCAAGAGGCUCACAUCUUUCGCUCAAAGUCUGGAUUGUGUGCUUCAUUUCUUUCCAAUUAUGACCCCCAGCAUUCAGUAAAAGUAACAUUUCAGAAUAAUCAAUAUAACUUGCCUCCUUGGUCAAUUAGUAUUCUACCCGACUGCAAGAAUGUUGCCUACAACACUGCAAAGGUCAGUUCCAGAGGCUCACAAAUCAGGAUGAUACCGGUUGUGGAAGGAUUCUCAUGGAAGUCAUACAUAGAAGAAACUCCAACUUCAAGUGACAGUGAACUGAUAGCAGCUAAUCACUUAUUUGAGCAACUAAAUGUAACCAGAGACUCCUCAGACUACUUGUGGUACAUGACAGAUGUGAAGAUUGCUUCCGAUGAAGAAUUUCUGAAGGAUGGGAAGUACCCUACUUUAACUGUUGGUUCUGCUGGUCAUGUGUUGCAUGUUUUUGUUAAUGGUCAAUCUUCAGGAACUGUAUAUGGGGAACUAGGCAAUCCAAAAGUAACAUUUACUGGCAAUGUAAAACUAAAAGCCGGUAUUAACAAGAUUUCCCUGCUUAGUGUUGCUGUUGGUCUCCCGAAUGUUGGCACACAUUUUGAGAGAUGGAAUGCAGGAGUUCUUGGUCCAGUCACAUUAAGUGGUCUGAAUAAGGGAACAAGAGACCUGACAAAGCAUAGGUGGUCAUAUAAGGUUGGUCUUAGAGGAGAAUCAGUAAAUAUUAAUACAAUAACGGGGAGUUCUUUGGUUGACUGGGAAGCUUCACUUCUGCCUAAAAGGAAGCCGCUUACAUGGUACAAGGCCACCUUCAAUGCGCCUAAAGGGAAUGAUCCAUUAGCUUUAGACAUGGGCAGUAUGGGAAAAGGUCAGAUAUGGAUAAAUGGAGUAGGUGUGGGACGCCACUGGCCUGCAUAUACUGCUCGAGGAAGGUGCAGUGAUAGGUGUAGCUAUGCUGGAACUUACACUGAGACCAAAUGUCAGAUUAAUUGUGGGCAACCAUCUCAAAGAUGGUAUCACAUACCGCAAUCAUGGCUGAGACCAACUGGAAAUCUUGUGGUUGUGUUUGAAGAAUGGGGUGGUGACCCAUCCAGAAUCUCCUUAGUAAGAAGAACCUACUAAUUGAGCCGUUUGAACCAAAAUCAUUUCAUUCUGAGUACAUAUAUCAGUUGGUCACAUGUGAAGAACACAUUUGCAGAAACCUUUAUCCUUGCUCCUCUGCAUCUUUAAAUUUAGGAGAAGCUGAGAAUUCCAUUUGGAUAUGUAAUUUGGUCAUUUGUACAGCACACAUAUAGUCCGUAAAUGAUAAAUCCACACACUCACACACAUUGCAUAAGUGUAAAUGGGACAACAUAUUUGAUUGAUUGCAAUAAACAUGUAUGGUAGUAUAGUAG